AAGUACAAUUUUACCCUAGCGAAGAAAAUAAAUCAGUCAAAUAUUCCUGACAGAUACCAUCAGAUUCCAGUCUUUUUACAUAAAAAUAGUUUCUUUCGACUUUAUAGGUGAAAAAAUAAUUAUCAAGAUGUGGGUGGAGAUUGUGUUGUUGUUUGUGUUGGUGUUGGUGUACGCGGUGCUGAGGGACAGGCGCCCUCGCACCCUCCCGCCUGGUCCCGCGGAGAUCCCGUUUUUUGGGCGACUACCAUUUUUCGAUGAAAAAACUGGCGAAAAUUUACGGAAAAACUACGGUGAUAUCGUCACGUAUCGCACUGGGACGUUACGCUCGGUGUUCCUGUUCGACUACGACACCGCUAAGGAGGCCUUGGCACGACUGGAGUUCGCCGACCGGCCGAGUUUUUUCUCCACUCUCAGCUUAGACGAUGAAAAAACUGGAGGUUUGGUUGGCAGCAACGGUGUACAAUGGCAGCACGAUCGUCGAUUUGUGCUGCGCAACCUCCGCAACCUCGGUAUGGGUAGGAGUUACCUGGAGGAGGCCAUCAACAUCGAAGCCAAGGCGCUGGUGGAAGACCUCAAGAAGUACGGCGGUGAAGCCAUCAACUACCCCGACAGCUUCAGGACUGUGGCGCUCAACAUCAUCUGGCAGAUGGUGGCUAGCACUCGCUACGAUCUGCGCUCCAGUGAAGUCGACACCAUUUACCGCCUCACAAAACAAUUUCAGAGAAACUUUUCCGUGUUAUCGUUACUUCCGUUUUUUAUUCCUGCGUUGAGUCGUCUGCCAAAUCCAAUUAAAAAUUAUCUUUUUGAAGCAGACAUGUUUAAAGUGUUCAUACAGGAAAUGAGAAACGUCGUUAACGGAGCCGUGGACAAGCACCUGGAGGACUAUGACCCCGACAACCCCCGGGACCUCAUAGACGAGUACAUCAAAGACAUGAAGGAGAACGAGGGCGACAACAACUCCCUCUUCAGAAGAGGAGCUUUGAAUCAAAUCGUCAACGACCUCUUCGGCGCGGGCUCUGACACGGUAAAUAAUCAGCUGAAGUGGAUGGCCUACCUGCUCGCCCGGUAUCCAGAGUACGCAACGAUGAUGCAGCAGCAAAUAGACGCCGUCGUGCCCAGGGACCGCAUGGUGUCGCUCGAUGAUAAGCCGGGCUUACCAUUGGUUGAGGCCUUCACAGUUGAAGUUUUGCGGUACUCUUCUAUGCUGGUGUUUAACGUUCAGAGGUCCGCCAUCCGCGAUGCAGAAAUCAACGGUUACCUCAUUCCCAAGGGCACAAUGGUGAUUGUGGCGAACUACUCCAUCCACCACGACCCGCGGUACUGGGACGACCCCCACAAGUUCUACCCUGAACGAUUCCUGGACGACAGCGCCACCAAGUACACUGCCCCCAAGCAGGCCUUCUUUGCCUUCGGAUCAGGUCGGCGUCAGUGCGUGGGGGAGCUGCUGGCCCGCAUGGAGUUGUUCCUCUUCACCGCCGCCAUCAUCCAGCACUUCGACGUGCUCCCUGCGGACGGAGUUGACCUCAGCCUGGAAGAUUGUGAAAACUUGGGCGGUCUUCGUGUGCCAGCCGACAAAAAACUUAUUUACAAACCGCGGAACUAACAAU